UAACAAUUCUUUGAGAGAAGAAGGAAGGAAAACCGAAGCUAUUAACAGAGCAACAUCUCUGCAAUGUCCGAUGAUGCGACUGUCCCCUCCGGCCGGUUCUUUAUUCUUCACCAUUCAACUCGCUCCCGACUCAGCGCUGAAGUCGGUCACUGCUUGUUCAUCUGGGUUUCAUACUUGUGCCGCAUGGUGGUCGCAAUCGGUUCAGCUUGGUUCCUAUGUAUGCAAAACUCAUGCCAUCAUGCUUCACAUAUUCAAAUGCUCAAAGCUUGUGGGAAACAUGUGCAACUCCAAUUCUUAAACAGAGAGAGACGGAAGGACACUCUCAAAAUUCCAAACCAGCCGUCCUUCCUUUGCUACUCCCUUCAACUCAGCAUUCAAAGAGAGAAUUCCUUUCUCCUACUCAAAAUGGACGUGAGAUUAUCUUCUGCUCAGACUAAGAACUCCGAGGAUGUUGUGGCCAGUCCUCCCCUUCAAAUUGGGGGAACUGGAAAAUCUUGUCAUCAAUGCCGGCAAAAGAAGGAGAAUUUUGCUGCAACCUGCAAGAACUUAAAGAAAGGGAAGAAUUGUCCGAUUAAGUACUGCCACAAGUGCCUCUUGACUAGGUAUGGAGAGAAUGCUGAAGAGGUUGCACAGUUGGCUAAUUGGACAUGUCCGAAGUGUCGAGGCAUUUGCAACUGUAGUCUUUGCCAAAAGCGACGAGGUGAACAGCCUACUGGUCCCCUGUAUCGUAGUGCCAAGGAAUCUGGCUUUAAGUCAGUUGCAGAAAUGCUUGCAAUGAAGAAGAAUUUAGAAACAUCAAAUCCAUUAAAUGAGGGUAAUCUGAUAAAGGAGACUGAAGUAUUUCUCUCAGGGGAACUUGGAAAUGAAAAUUUUUCAGAUGCAAAUGUCACUGUAGUUUGCACCAAAGAUGAUGGUGGUGAGAAUUUUGGAAUGAACUUAGAGAGCAAAGCAAUUGCAGAGGAAAUUCUUUUGCCACCGGGCAUGGAGUUAAAAGAAAUAUUUGGCAUCCAGUUACCACCCAAAGAGGUUGGGAAUGCGUUGCAGAUUUUAGAGUUUUGCAGAGUGUUUGGAAAGGCUCUUGAUCUCAAGGAAGGAGAAGCUAAAACCAUUUUUAAAGAAUUGAUCAGUGAAGAAAGUAUGGAUGAACAUAACUCCUCACUGAUUCAAUUUCACAUUAGAUUGUUGGAAUUGAUUGUAAGCAAUUCGAAAAAAGAGUCUCCAUCCUUCUCAACCAAGAAUGAAACUAAUUCAUGGUUGAAACAUUUAGAGGAUUUGAUUAUGCAAUCAUAUCAUCUAAAUGAUUUCCCUGUGGAUUGGUUUCAAGAAGGCAUCAGGGGAUACUAUAAAUUGGAUUUGUGUAAAAAGUUUAAACUGAUGACUCUUCUUUGUGACGAAGCUUUGAACACUCAAAAACUAAGGAGUUAUAUUCAGGACGAAAAUUCAAGGCAUGCAAAAGUAGUGAAAGAAACAAAACUUAAGAUUGCUGCCGCUAAAGAAAAGAUAAAGUGUCUUGCACAAAAGUUGCAGAAUGAGAAUGCCAAAGUGUCCUCCAUUCCAGGGGAGGAGCAUGAUGCUCAUAUAAAGAUAAGAACUGAGGUUGACGAAGCACACAUUGAGAUGUUAAGGUUAAAGAGCACAGGUGAAAAAUACAAAAGUGGAUGUGAUGCCACGAGAAUCAAUCCAGAGUUUGUGGACAACAAUGGGAUGACAUUUUGGAAGUUACAAAGUUACAAUGAUGAAUCGGUUCUUCUGCUGCAAGUUUUCUAAAAGAAAGCAUCAAUGCAGAUAUGAAGAUACAAGAUGAAACUGCUACUUUACCUGAAGAAAACUGGUUUGUUUACGGUCUUCCAGAGAAGGACGAGAUUGAUAAAUAUAUAUCUUCAAGGGCUAAAAGACUUAAGAGUCUCAAUUCUCAAAAAAGUUUGUAGGAGUUUAUGUUUAAUGUUAAUUGUUCUUAAUAGCAUACUGCUGGCAAAAACCCUCAUUCCAUAUGGGUCUUCUUUCAGUGGAGUAAUGGUUUCGGUGGAAAUCUCCUCUGUUUUUGGAUUCAAGGACCUUCAUUAUUGUAAUAAUUGUAUAUAAUUUUUUUGUAUUUUAUUUUAGUGGAAUACGAAAUGAAAUGAUUUUUUUGUAAUUUAAUUACUAUUUACAGUUGUAUUUUUUUUAUUUAACUAGUUAGAUGUACAAUGAUAUAUUCAUUAUAAAGUGACAAUGUAUUCUGAAUAUUAUAAUAGUAACAAUAAGAAGAUUUCUA